AUGCUCCAACAACUUUUACAAGGGCAAGCCAAAGGUUCUCUGGAAAUGAACAACAAGCUGGUUGAGAUACACUCUAAACUAGAGUCAUUGACUUCAAGAGUCCAAAUCAUUGAGUCUUCAAGUGCAUCAUCCUCUUCACCACAAGAGUAUGCCCAAGCAGUUACACUAAGAAGUGGGAGGCAAUUCCCUAGUAGAGGUAGCCCACCCCAAAUCGCUGUGGACAUCGAUGACGAGGAAGGGGAGGAUUUAGUCGACUAUGCUGAUAACUCGACCCCGAACUCGAUCGAGCUGGAACAAAACCCUGAACCAGAACUCGAUCGAGCUGGAGAAACUGAGACACUGCAAGACAAACCAGAGCUCGAUCGAGCCAGAAGAGAGCAGACAAAGCAAACUCCAGCCAACCAGCUAAACCUGUUGCAAAGAAGAAAGACACUCCAGCAGGACCACCACCAUACAAGCCCCCUCUGCCCUUUCCAGGAAGAAAUUUCUGAAGGAUGCUGUUCAGCAAAGAACCAGGGAAGCACAAGGGAUGGUAGUGUUGACCGCGAGUGCAGUGCAAUCAUUCAGCGGAAGGUCAUCUCCGACAAAAAGGAAGAUCCGGGGAGUUUCACUUUGCCCUGCAUGUUAGGACCCCUAUCUUUCAAAAACAGUCUCUGCGAUCUAGGAUCAUCUGUCAGCCUCAUGCCUUUGUCUGUAGCAAAGAGACUGGGAUAUCACAAGUACCAAGCCUGCGGAAUCUCACUAGUCUUGGCAGAUAGAUCGAUAAGGUUACCAACUGGGAUGCUUGAAGACCUGCCUUUGAGGAUAGGGAAUGUGGAGAUCCCCACAGACUUCAUUGUGCUUGAGAUGGAUGAGGAACCAACAGAUCCAUUGAUUCUAGGAAGGCCAUUCCUAGCUACAGCAAGAGCAAUGAUAGAUGUCUGUGAAGGAACAAUUGAGUUAAACUUGGGAAAGGACCUGAAGAUGAAGUUUGAUAUAAAAGAUACAAUGAGGAAACCAACUAUAGAAGGUCAGCUCUUUUAUGUUGAGGAAAUGGAUCAGUUGGCAGAUGAGCUUCUAGAAGAGUUAUCAACAGAGGAUCCACUACAAGUUGCUUUGACCAAGGAUUCUUCAGAGGGAUAUGUGAGCUCAGAAACUGAUGAGUACAAGAAGCUCCUUGACACCUUCAGACCAGUUCCAAACAUUCUGAGCAUUGAGGGAUUGGACAGGCCAGUUUGCGAAGUCAUGGCAGUGAGCUCGAUCAAGAACUCGAUCGAGUCGAGUUUCGAACAAACGAACUCGAUCGAGCUGGGGCUGAAUGCAAGGAGCAAGCUCAAGGAGAUUGGUUACACUCUAGAUGAUAUCAAGGGGAUCUCCCCUGACCUAUGCAUCCAUAGGAUUCAUCUAGAGGAUGAAAGUAAGUCAAGCAUUGAACCUCAGAGAAGGUUGAACCCCAAUCUAAAGGAAGUAGUGAAGAAAGAGAUACUCAAGUUGCUUGAUGCUGGGAUAAUCUAUCCCAUCAGUGAUAGCACUUGGAUAUCUCCAGUUCAUUGCGUCCCAAAGAAAGGGGGGAUCACUGUCAUUAAAAACGACAAAGAGGAGCUGAUUCCCACUAGAACAAUAGUGGGGCAUCGCAUGUGUAUUGACUAUAGGAAGCUAAAUUCAGCAUCUAGAAAGGAUCAUUUCCCUCUCCCUUUCAUUGAUCAGAUGUUAGAAAGAUUGGCAAACCACCCUUUUUAUUGUUUUCUUGAUGGCUACAGUGGUUUCUUCCAAAUCCCGAUCCACCCUAAUGAUCAGGAGAAGACCACUUUCACAUGCCCUUAUGGCACCUUUGCUUAUCGAAGGAUGCCAUUUGGGCUGUGCAAUGCUCCAGCUACUUUCCAGAGGUGCAUGACCUCCAUUUUUUCAGAUCUGAUAGAGGAGAUGGUAGAAGUCUUCAUGGACGAUUUCUCAGUCUAUGGAGCAUCCUUCUCCUCAUGUUUGUCUAACUUGUGCAGGGUGUUGCAGAGGUGUGAGGAGACCAAUCUAGUACUCAACUGGGAGAAGUGCCACUUCAUGGUUCGAGAAGGGAUUGUGCUUGGACACAAGAUUUCCGAGAAAGGGAUCGAGCUCGAUCGAGCUAAGGUGGAUGUCAUGUUGCAGCUCCCUGUUCCCAAGACUGUGAAGGACAUAAGGAGUUUUCUGGGUCAUGCAGGGUUCUACAGAAGAUUCAUCAAGGAUUUCUCAAAGAUAGCAAGACCCUUGACAAGGCUUCUGUGCAAGGAGACAGAUUUUGAGUUUGAUGAAGAAUGCCACAAGUCUUGGACCUUGCUGAAGGAUGCUCUGGUGUCUGCGCCAAUAGUACAAGCUCCAAACUGGGAUCACCCAUUUGAGAUUAUGUGUGAUGCAUCUGACUAUGCAGUAGGAGCAGUGCUUGGCCAAAAGAUAGACAAGAAACUCAAUGUCAUCUACUAUGCAAGCAAGACUAUGGAUGAUGCUCAGUGCAAGUAUGCAACCACAGAGAAGGAACUCCUUGCCAUAGUCUUUGCCUUUGAGAAGUUUCGAAGCUAUAUAGUUGGAUCCAAGGUGAUUGUGCACACUGACCAUGCUGCCCUUAGACACAUCUUCGCUAAGAAAGAUACAAAGCCAAGACUUCUCAGAUGGAUCCUUUUGCUUCAAGAGUUUGAUAUAGAAGUUGUGGACAAAAAGGGAGUAGAAAAUGGAGUUGCUGAUCAUCUCUCUAGGAUGCGAGUUGAAGACAUGAUCCCCAUCAAUGAUUCUAUGCCUGAAGAACAGCUUAUGGCAAUCAUGAUCUUGAAGGAGAGUUUUGAUGAGAAAGCCAGGCUGGAAGAAGUUAAGGCUCUGCGUGAUGAGAAUUUGCCAUGGUAUGCUGAUAUAGUGAACUUCAUGGUGUCCGGAGAAGUCCCUAGUAGCUUUGAUGCUUACAAGAGGAAGAAAUUCUUCAAGGAUGCUAGGCAUUACUAUUGGGAUGAGCCCUACCUGUACAAGAGAGGACCAGACAGCAUUUACAGGAGAUGCAUUGCUGAAGAGGAUGUGCAAGGAGUUCUAGAGCAUUGCCAUGGGUCAGCUUUACGGAGGUCACUUUGCUACAUUCAAAACAGCAACUAA